AUGUUCUCCAUUAACAUCAAUCCCCUAACCCUAAUAAUAAUGGUAGAUUUUGACUCCACAUUGGCUGAAAGUAGCAGUUCUGAAGAUUCUUCUGAUGAUGAAGAACCAGCUGCUAAGAAGCCUGCUGUAGCCGCUAAACCAGCAGCCAAGCCUGUUGCCAAGAAAGCUGAAUCGAGUUCCGAAGAAUCUUCAUCCGAAGAAGAAGAGGAAAAGAAGCCAGCAGCUAAACCUGUUGCCAAAAAAGCUGAAUCGAGUUCAGAAGACUCCGAUGAUUCGGAUGAUGAACCACCAGCUAAAAAAGCUAAUGUAGCCAAGGCAGCUACACCUGCCAAGAAAGCAGCCGAGGAUAGUGAUGAAGAUAGCUCCAGCGAAGAUGAAGAGGAAGAGAAACCUGCCGCUGCUGCGACUCCUCUAGCUAAACCCGGACAAAAGAGAAAAUUCAGUGAAACCAAUGGUAACGCCGAAAAGAAGGAUAACAAAUACAAUAACUUUGUUAAAGGUGGAUUCAAUAAUGACGAAGAUAAUACAAAUGGUGGCGAAGAAGGUGGUAAGGCGGCUAAUGGUGGCUUUAAGAAGUUUGGUGAUCGCAAGUCAUUUGGUGGCUUUGAAAAUGGAAAAGGUGGACGUGGUGGUGGCGGUCGUGGCGGCUUCGGCGACAAGGGUGGCCGCGGCGGCGGUGGUCGUGGUGGUGGACCCAAAGACUCAACAAGACCCAAAACUCAACAAUAA